AGGCUUACAGGCCCUUGCUAGGGGCCUUUGGCACAGGGUCCACAGAUGAGCUUGCUUGGCUCUCUCCAUCCUCAGUGGCGCUCACCAUAUUCUGAGGGUGCCUCGUGGGCAAGGGGAAGUCACAGUGGCUGCCUCUUGACUUCCAGCAGCUUCCAUGGCCAUUCCUGGAAGGGCUGAGGUGGCUGUGGAGUGGAGAGCCAGGCUGAAAGCUGCUUUGUCAUCCCAGAAGUUUCAGUCCUUGUUCCCCAAAAAGCAGUCACCGAGUCAGCGUGUGGACCCGGAGCUCUAUCUGCUGAUGUGUCUAUUUUUUUGGCAAAUUGCUCGUGGAAAACAUUAGUGUCCAUCAGUCAUCGGAAGGCAGUGUGGGGGGGCUGUCCUGGGACAAGCACCCCAGGUUGAGCUGGCGGUGGGGGUGGGAGCCAGGCCUCCUAACCUCUGGCACAAAAGGAGUAGAAAGAGAAUUGCCAAUGGUUGGGGGAGUGGGUUUCUUUCUCCCAGGUCAAGUCUGUGGCCUUCCUGACUACAGGAACUGGGUCCUUGUGUGGAAGAAAUCCAGACACAGUUGCCCCUGCCAGGUCAUCAGUUGGCAUCUACCAAAGCAGCCAGUUUUUGGCCUCUUCUAAAGAAAAAGCUAAGAACUCACAAAAUUGUGCGGCAAGAGACAUUGUGCCCCCUCUCUCCAUGUACCCGUAGACGGUCAGGAUCCGGGUGCUAUGAAGCCCAGCAGCACAUUCUACAGCAUGAGAAACAGAAGCCUGGAGAGGGGAGGGCCCCUGUGCUUGGCCUCUGAUGCCUGAGCUGUGAUGUCCUGGGCCCUCUUCCCUGAAUCUGGGUGAAAGGCACCCAAAGUGUAAGCUUUUCUUCCCUGCAGCAUGGGGAGAGCUGGGUGCUCUGAAGAUAGCCCAAGACUCUCCGAGCAGGUUCAGCCUGUAGAAACUAUCAUGACAGGCAGGGCCAGCGAGGCAGGCAAAUGACCCCUGUAGUAACAUGGGUCCCAAGUCCAGAAGUGUAAGGCAGGGCUGAACAAGGGGCCCCGCAAGGUUCACUGUGACCUGGGUCUACAUAAUUUGCCAGCAGCCGCACCUGCUUGGUCACAAGUCCUGUAUAUCACUCGCUUUCAGCCCACAGCCUCUGGCUAAUCAAACUCACAGACAAGGAUCAGGAGGAGGGGUGAGAAGGUCAGGGAGGACAAUAAGCAUUCACAGUCCUGCCCUGAAUGCUGGCACAAGCCUUCAUUUAUCAGGGGAGUUCCAAAGAGGGGAUUGUCCAGAUUUACCCUAUUGAAAGUUGGUUAAAGGGAAGGAUAUUUUUAGGCUGGUAACAAAAAGGACAUCCAAAGUUGACAAGUUGUGGCUCCUGGGUUUCCCUCACAUAGAAGUAACUCAAGCUCAGAAUCUGAUGGAAGAACAGGGCAGGAAGAGAGGGAGGGAGUCCAUCCAUUUGAAAUCAUCAUUUGCAGGCCAAGAAGGAAGGAAGGGGUCCUGAUAAGACUUACGUCUUCAGCCCCUUCUGAUGGGUCAAACAGAAAACCAAGUGGAUGUGGGGCUCCUCAUCUCUGAACCUGGCUCUGGUUGAGUUGAUGCAUGUCUGGCUACCGAGAAGCUGGCUGGCUGUGUCAUUUUGGGGGUUCCUAAAAUUGUGCAGCACAGGAUCCUAAAUCGAUUUUUGUGUUUUUUUGGGGUUUUGGGUUUUUGUUUGUUGUUUUUUUCCUUAACUCAAUGCAAGAUUCUAAACAUAGUCCUUUGAAGGGUGGGGGUGGAGUAACCACAAACCCAUCCACACUCGGAUUCCAGAAGGAGGUUUAGCGGGAGGAGCUCUCUGAAGGGCAUGCAGAUAAAGCCAGGAGGUGUCUGGGACUGGAAAAAGAGGAGGGGGCACUCUGGGAACCUGCUAGACAGGCCAUCCCUGGCCGUUUUUUGUUGGCGACUGCUUGCUGGGGUUUGAGUAUAGCCCCAGAGCUGUGUCUCUCUUCAAAGCAGAUUCACCUGCAGAGCUGCUUGGGGACUCCUGGAAACCUGAAAGGUGUGCUUCCUUCUGACUUGGCUGCAGGUGCCUGCAAGGUGGUUUUGUGGAUAGUGACUCAUCUCAUCUGGGCCCAGAUCCGAGAAGGCUCGGGCAGGGCACUUAGACCUUCGUACCUGUGAGGCCCUGCUUGCCUAAGCAUUGCUUCUAGCAGCUCAUUAUAAGCAGUUGUGUGCCACCACCUUCCAGCUUGGGGCAGAAUCAAGUAGGUAUUGAGAGCGAGGCAUCUCCCUUGAAACCACUUUGCCUGGAAAGCUGGGCACCUGUCCUGUGUUUUCCUUCCCAGGAGUCAUUCCUGCUCCCAGUGGUGCUUGAGGGCCGAGGGCUGAGCCAAUGACAUUCUAGAGGACUCUGCAGCCACAUUUGAUCCUCUGCACAAUGCUGUAAGGUGGGGGUGGGGGUUGGGAGGCAGAUGCUAUGACUCCAUUCUCCUGGUGAAAAGACUGAGCCUCUGGAUGGCAGGUUUGCCUGGGUGUGCUCAGCUCAAGUCUCCUGGGUGGCAGGUUUGAAUCCAGACCCCCCCUUUUUUUAAUCCUGCGAAGUCUCCUGGAAAACACAUGAUCCAAGGCCACAGACACAAAAGCCUAUUCAUUUCUACAAAGAAGGCUGAUCUUUCUCCUCAUUCUAAUAACGAUCAGUGCACAUAGGCCAGGGCUCGCCCACCUUCCCAACCUGGAGGAGGACAACAUAGAUGAGUUUUAGUUGGUUGUGGAAUGGCCUCGAAAUUCUUUUUUUCCUCCUUCCUUUGUGUAUUGUCUGGCUCACACCCUGGCAAGCUUCGGACAUUUCCUAUUGUUCCACAUGCCUGAGUUUAGCCACAUCCUGGACACCGGCAUCUGUUUGGGUGGAUGCCGGCAGUGCUUGCUGGGCUAGGCUGCUUUUGCAGGGUGCAACGGGUCCCUCACCAGCUACAGGAGCUGCUCUUGGUCCACUUGGUGAGUGGGUCAGAGGUACUCGCUAACACCCAGAUUCCGCUGCAGGGCAGGCCUUCAGAUGGGUUGGGUCAGGUGUGCAAUCCACUUCAUCACCGUCCGUAGGCACCACCGUGCAUCACAUCCUGGCCUGGUUGUGUUAUGGGAAAGGGGAUCCCAAUCUAGACCCCAAGAGAGGGUUCUUGGACCUCACGCAAGAAAGAAUCCAGGAAAGUAUAUAAAGUGAAAGCAAGUUUAUUAGGAAAGCAAAAGAAGAAAAGAAUGGCUACUCCAUAGGCGGAGCAGUGGCAUGGGCUGCCCCAGCUAACUACUCAUUGUUACUUCUUGAUUAUACACUAAACAAGGGGCGGAUUAUUCAGGAGUUUUUUGGAAAGGGGUGGGCAAUUCCAGGAACUGAGGGUUCCUCCCCUUUUUAGACCACACAGGGUCACUUCCUGAUGUUGCCAUGGCAUCUGUAAACUGUCAUGGUGCUGGUAGGAGUGUCUCUUAGCAAUGCUAAUAUAUUAUAAUUAGUGUAUAAUGAGCAGUGAGGACAACCAGAGGUCACUUUCAUCGCCAUCUUGGAUUUGGUGGGUUUUGGUUGGCUUCUUUAUCACAACUUUUUAAUCAGCAAGGUCUUUUUUUUUUUUUUUUGAGAAGGAGUUUUGCUCUUAUUAUCCAGGCUGGAGUGCAAUGGUGCAAUUUUGGCUCACUGCAACCUCUGCCUCCUGGGGUCAAGCAAUUCUUAUGCCUUAGCCUCCAGAGUAGCUGGGAUUACAGGUGCCUGCCACCACAUCCAGCUAAUUUUUUUGUAUUUUUUUAGUAGAGAUGGGGUUUCACUGUUGGCCAAGCUGGUCUCAAACUCCUGACCUCAGGUGAUCCACCCACCUCAGCCUCCCAAAGUGCUGGGACUAAAGGCGUGAUCCCAUCAGCAAGGUCUUUGUAACCUGUGCCUUGUGCCGAUGUUCUAUUUCAUCCUAGAAUGCCUGACCUCCCAGGAAUACAGCCCAGUAUGUCUCAGUCUUAUUUUACCCAGUCUCUAUUCAAGAUGGAGUCGCUCUGGUUGAAAUGCCUCUGACAAUUGCACUGUGACUGGUGGCCCACACUUGCUUGGGUGUGGAUGUGGCUCCUUGGGCUGACAUUCAUGAGGGCAGCCCCAUCAGGGUCACCUUCAGAACACACCCUGUGUGGCACAGCAUGUAACAGACACAGCCCACCAUGAACUCACCAGGAAGUUUUCAAAGGGGCACUCAAUAACUAUACCCAAUUGAAUUUGUUUGCCCUCUGAAGUUAGGCUGUCAGCAAAUGUUUGUUGAGCACCUAGAAUGUGCAGGCUACUGUUUUCUUCCCCAGGGAUUUGGCAGUGAACAGAGUCUCUGCAGGGACUUACAUUUUCUGCAUAAGGGAAGACGUGGAAAAGUAAAAUGCUCAGGAGGUAGGAAGUGCUUGGAAACAGAUAAAAUGGGGAACAGGAGAGAUGGUGGCGGCGGGGGGUCGGGGGGCUCUGGAGAAGUUUGGUCUGGGACCAGUGAGCUGGGAUCCAAUAGAGACAACCAUGGAAAGUGCUGGAAGGAGACUCAGCAGAAGGAAGAGUGUCUGCAGAGGCCUGAGAAUGUGAGCGCACUGGGUAAGUGUGUGAUGCACUAGAGAAAGCCCAUGGGGAGGCCGCGGACAGGUGGCCUCAGGGUCCAAGCUGCAGGGACCAUAACAGGGGCUCUGCUGGCCUCCUUCAUUCCCCACCUCGUUUCCCUGCCCCGCCUCAUGGGGUGUGUGCAUUAUGCAAGAUCCGAAGGCACACCUGGACUUUCCUUUUGUAAGAGGUUUGGGUUUCCUCCCAGUUGCCACUGGCUUUCCAGGAUGGCGGUGGAUGAGAGCUGACUUCUGUUUGUAAGAUCCCUCUGGUGGCUGUGGGAAGGAUGAUAUGAGUGGAGGCAGCUGUGGGACAGGAAGGGCCCUGGAGGGGAGAGCCAUAGGUGAUGGAUGAGGAGUGCUGCUGGAGGGAAGGGGAGAGAAGAUGCAGCAGGGCAUCCAUCUGGGAGCAGGGCUUGCAGGACGUAGUUACAGAGUGAGGAACAGGAGACAUGAGCACCCCGGGCUCCUGAAGCAUGCCUCUUGACAUCUUGAAUUGUACCCCUGGAUGUAGGUGUCUGAAGACCUGCAAUCCAUUUCAGCUUCUGCCACAUUAUCCUGAGACUUGAACAUGUCAAUUCCUCUCUGAGCCUUAGUUUCUUCUACAUUGUGGUGGGAACCAUCACUCAGUUCGAAGGUGGUUGUGUCGUGCAGGCUAAACGGGGGGCAUGUAGGAGCUGGUGGCGGCAGAGAAACUGGUAAAGACCCAUAGAGCUGGAAGCUAGUGCUGCUUUCACCCUCUAAGUCCCUGGAGGGCAGGGCCCAUAUUUUCCGCUUUUCAGAGGUCCCUCAAAACUCAUACAUCAGAGAUUUCUUGGACAAACACUGGGCUUGAAGUAUAUAUUUUUGUUCGAUUUCAGCUCCAGGUGCUGCCCCAUUUGAUGCUUACCUCUGUGCACGCCACAGAACACUGUUUAUCACUAGCUGCACACCUUGGAGAUGGGACAGCAGCAGCUGAGAAGGUCCACCUGUCUAUUCCUUUUAGAUCUUUGCAGCAGUUCAGGAGAAGUGGUGGUGGUGGUAGGUGUAUGUAUGUGUGUGUGCUUCCUUUUAUAAAUCAGAGAUGCCACAGCCAGCAUGCUGGUUACCAGUGCACCCAGAGGGACAGCCAGGUGUUUCUACUCUCUGGGCUUGGAGGCUGGACAGGCAGCCAGUCCGCCUGGUUCCGGACCAUGAGCAUCUCAGCUGUGGGGGAAGAAGGUUAACACUUCUGGCUCAGUGGAAACCAGCAAUGUUCUCCUAGUCCUUCUCCUCUUGUAGUUAUUCAUCCUCCUAGAACUUUCUUUUCCAGUAAGAGAACACACACCGAGGCAGAGUACAAGAAAGUGGAGCUCAGCUCCUCUGGCGGCCUGCCCACACCCGCUGAGUCACUCAUAAUGGCCCCUCAGAUGUCAUUUUCUUGCUAAGACAUUUGGAAAAAUUUCUGCAUCUGAAUCACACACAAACACUAUAAUUCAACAAUCUUCUAUGAGUUAUUCAAGGAACUUCAAUGCGCUCAGAAGUGGAAGAUCAGGGGCGGAUGAAAUCAAUGAAUGCUCUGAGUGCUCUGUUUUUCUCCGAAUUAUGUCUCAUUUGCCAAAUGGAGGGUGGGGGCAGCUCCACCUGACCAUUGGGGACAACUCCUGGGGGAAGUCUGGAAGCAGCCGAUAUAGGGUUUCUGGGUGACACUGGUUUUUCUUAUCUUUCUGGCUCUAUUCCUGUAAUAGACCCAAGUGUCAUGCAGGAAGAGGCUUGCUGCCACAGAGCCUUCUGUGGGCUGCAAACUGUGUCAGGCCACUAGAGGAGAGGGUUUCAGGCUCAGGGCUGGACUGGUCCCGGUUGGGAAUCUGUGUCGGGGGCUGUGGGAGUCCUGGCCACACUUGCUAGGAGGAAGCUCCUGCCCUCUGCCCUCUGAGGCAAAGAUUGCUGAUCUCCUUACUUAAAUGCAGUCACUGCUAACCUGCCUUGGUCAUAGCCCUUUGUGGGGGGCAGGAAACGACUCUCAUUCAUCACAGUGGCCACUGUUACUCACUUGCUGCAGUUCAGGACUGGGCGUUCACUUUCAGCCUGGCAAAACAGACUUUGGGGUCAUGCUGGCAUCUCCAGGGGCACCGUUCACAUGUGUCCUGUACAGGGGCCACUUCUGCCAGUCCGAGGGCAAGGCAGUCUGUAUUCCCCACCUCACUGCUGGCAUUAAGGGGCCAAUCAGAGGAGAGCUGUUUCCUCUGGGGAGCAGGUACCUUCAGAAACAAGGACAAGAAUACAAAAAUUAGCUGGGCUUGGUGGCGCAUGCCUGUAGUCCCAGCUACUUGGGAGGCUGAGGUAGGAGAAUCGUUGAACUCGGGGCGUGGAGGGUGCAGUGAGCCAAGAGUGCACCGCGGCACUCCAGCCUGGUGACAGAGGGAGACUAAGUCUCAAAAAAAAAAGAAAAGAAAGAAAGAAAAAGAAACAAGGACAAGAGAGCUGAGACAGGAGCUGAGACUGCUUUCCAGAUCUGCUACCUUUCCUGCACUCUGCUCUGCCCAGACAUGUGAAAUGGAGACAGGCCCCGGUGCGCACAGCCAUGCCAAGCCUGCUGCCUGGCAGGUGCGCUGUCCUUAGGUGUGGAACUCGUGGAUCUGUCUGCACCAAGAGCCACAUCUCCUUCUCCCACCCUGCAAAGUCCACUUGAAAAACACCACUGGCAGCCCUGAGUUGGGGGUCAGCCCUGGCAGGCUCAGUCCUCACACUGACUUGUGACAUGGGGACUGCUAUUUCAUUUUCCACAUGAAAAGAUUUAGGUCAGCCAGGCGCAGUAGCUCAUGCCUAUAAUCCCAGUACUUUGGGAGGCUGAGGCAGGUGGGUCCCCAGGUCAGGAGUUGGAGACCAGAUGGCUAAUAUGAAAAUGGUGAAACCCCAUCUCUACUGUAAAUUAGCCAGGCAUGGUAGUGUGUGCUUGCAGUCUCAUCUGCUUGGGAGGCUGAGGCAGGUGAAUUGCUUGAACCUGGGAGGCAGAGGCUGCAGUAAGCUGAGAUCGUGUCACUGUACUCCAGCCUGGGCGCAGAGCAAGACUCCAUCUCAAAAAAAAAAAGAAAGAAAAGAAAAAAAUUCAGGUCUAGGGAGGAGUUGGGCCCCUGGGGGUAGAGCUGCCACUCUGCCCCUCGCCCUCUCACAGCCCAGCGUCCAAAGCUCAGCACCCGCCAGGCCUGAAUAAACACAGCUGGCGAUACAGGAAUCAAAGCAAACAGGGCUUCUCUCUUUUUCCCCCUUUUUGCCAACUGCCCCAUUAACAGAAAAACCUUUUAAGCACCCAUCUGGAAACCUGGCUUUUUCCCUUCCCUAAGCAAACUGAGAUGACCGCAGAGUGGAGGUUGGGCAGAGGACCCUGAACCCUGGAUCCUGCUCACGUGCUAAAGAAUGAACACAGGCAGAUCAGAAGUGCCCAGCCCAGCCCAGUGGUCCCUACAGCGAGGUGGUCUGUGGCCAACAGGGGCUCCUUUUAGGAGCUGGGCCACACGAGGCCGCAGCUGCCCACUGGCCACACCUUCCCACAAUAGCUCACUACGGUUAUCCAUCUAUCUACCGUCUGUCCCCAAACAUCCAGGUUCUUGGAACAGUUUAUACUUUCAGCCGAGACCACCUCUUAUGGAAUGGAGGAAAGAGGUGACCCCACCUGGAGAAGGGCACACUUGUGAAUAAAUACAUCACUGGCUUUACAAACUCAGCCCGCUCUGACCAUCACUGCUCAAACUCACCCAGCUAGCUGUCCAUGUGGCCUCAACGAACAUGUACUGAGGCCCUGCCAUGGAUCAGGCACUUUGGGGACUCAAAGAUGAAGUGACAUGGGCAACUCCCAGGCUGGCAGGAGAUAAGGAAAGUGUAGAAGUAAUCAGCAAACAGGACUGUGUGUGGGCCUGCAGGUGGAAGUGCUCUGGUCCCCAGGAGGGGAGGUGUCUCUGGCCAGGGAACUGCCUGCGGGGAGAUCAUGGAGCAUCUUUGACCUUUGGAGGAGUCUGACAGGGGUCCCUGGGUGGGGAGGGAGGUUGGGGAGAGCUGGGGGGAGGAGGACAGAGAGAAGGAGAAAAGAGGCCAAGGCUCACAGGGAGAGAGGUUGGAAGUGAGGCAAGAUGGGCUAACAUCUAUGGAAACAAUGUUCUGUUCUGUGUGCACUUUUUAAUUUCUGAAAAAUACUGCUGAGAAUCCCAUUACUGGAUACAUACCCAAAGGAUUAUCAAUCAUUCUACCAUAAAGACACAUGCACAUAUAUGUUUAUUGCGGCAAUGUACCUAAUAGCAAAGACUUGGAACCAACCCAAAUGUCCAUCAGCAAUAGACUAAAGAAAAUGUGGCACAUAUACACCGUGGAAUACUAUGCAGCCAUAAAAAAGGAUGAGUUCAUGUCCUUUGCAGGGACAUGGAUGAAGCUGGAAACCAUCAUUCUCUGCAAACUAACAAGAACAGAAAACCAAACACCGCAUGUUCUCACUCAUAAGUGGGAAUUGAACACUGAGAACACAUGGACACAGGGAGGGGAACAUCACACACCAGGUUCUGUUGUUGGGUGGAGGGCUUUGGGAGGGAUAUCAUUAGGAGAAAUACCUAAUGUAGAUGACGGGUUGAUGGGUGCAGCAAACCACCAUGGCACGUGUAUACCUAUGUAACAAACCUGCAUGUUCUGCAUAUGUAUCUCAGAACUUAAAGUAUAAUAAUAAAAAACAAAUAAAAAUACUGCUGAGGACAUAUGAAUAUCCUCCUCUUGAAUUUACACAUUCUUCUCUUUACCUUUGGGCAGGGAGGAGUUGGGUGCUUCAUUCUCCAGCACUCAAGGUGAGCCCAGCAUAUGACAGGGCCCCAUCCAUAGCUGUUCAAUGAAUGGGGGCAGCCUCAGAAUGAACACAGGCAGAUCAGAUGCUGAAGAGAGGCUUCAGAAGGCAGGUGCUCACUGAUGGUGGUUGCCCACAUCCUCGGGGUGUCAGGAGUGAGAUUUGCCCUGUACCUUCCCUUGUAUCUUCACCUCUGGAGCACAGUAGGCACAAGGCCGUGCCUACCAGCUCUCCCCUCUUCUGAGCCACAGCUCUCACGCCUUCUCAGGGAGUCCAUUUCCCCUCUUCUCUGGAAGCCUCAACCUCAUCUCCAGGUGGUAGGGAACUGCCACCCUCUUGGGCAAGGAUAUGGAGCUGGUGUUUGGCCCGGAUGCCCUUGCAUGUUUGGAGGUAAUGAAGCCUAGGGCUGGCUUUCGAUGUUGACGGAAGCUUGAGGGCAGGGGAUGUGCUGAGGACCAGGAGAAUGAACUGCUGCUUUCCGGCGGCUGAGUACGGCGCAUGAGAGAGUGUAAUGGUGUUUUGUUUUGUUGAAUCUUGCUCUGUCGCCCAGGCUGGAGUGCCGUGGCAUGAUCUCGGCUCAUUACAACUUCCCCCUCGCAGGUUCAAGCGAUUCUCAUACCUCAGCCCUCUGAGUAGCUAGAACUACACGUGUGCGCCACCACACCUGGCUAAUUUCUGUAUUUUUAGUAAAGACGGGGUUUCGCCAUGUUGGCCAGGCUGGUCUUGAACUCCUGAUCUCAGGUGAUCCACCCACCUUGGCCUCCCAAAAUGCUGGGAUUACAGGAGUGAGCCAGUGCACCCGGCCCUAAGAGAAGGCAACGGGGAGUCCAUUUUGCUCAUGCAGAAUUCAGGGUCUGGUAAAGGGACCUUAUGGCAAACAUUAAGACUCCAGAUGCCAUGACAGGAGUGAUGGAGCGACAGAACGGGAGCUGCGAAGGGUGCUGAGGGGCAGCCCAGCCCUGGCACGGACAGGGCAGGUGUCCGAGAGGCCUGCAGGGCACUGCAGAGUAACUGGCAGACAGGGUGAGAAAGGGCAUGUCAGGGAUAGGCGGGCAGACAGUGUCUGAUGCUGGCAAUACCCGUGAUCUGCCAGGUCCAGCCGUGGAUCCUUUCACUGUAUCGGAGCACGGGGCUUCUGGAGACCAAAGUCUGGAAAAUGGGCUGGGAAGUUGGACAGGGAAAGCCCUUGGAGGUGGUCUGGUCACCUGGGUGAGCGAGGAGCCAGUCAUCACACCACGGGCAUCAGAGCAAGCAUGGGUGCCUAGAGGCCUGCAAACAGUGCCAGCCUCCAGGCCCUGUGCACCGAGGCGGCCUUUAAUCUUGCACUCGCUCUCUAGGAAAUGAUGGGGCAGUAUUCUGUGUUGAGAGAGGAAAAACACCCUCUCCCAGAAGCAUGACAGGCAGAAAGCAGAGAAGGGCCAGGACUGGCUGAGGGCGGGGAGCUGGGCCUCUGGGGUGGACACACCCUUGGGUCACACUGUGAGGGGUAGCUUGGUCAGCCAGUCCCACCACUGCAAUGACUCACACCAGUGUUGGGCUCACACCAGUGAACCGAGGCUCUGGACUCUGAGGAUUCUGUGAAGAUCUUAGACUUGGGCUCAGAGCAAGGAUGCGUGAAAUUGUCCACAUUCAGAUUGGCCAGUGUGGCAACCAGAUCGGAGCCAAGUUCUGGGAGAUGAUUGGUGAGGAGCAUGGGAUCGACUCAGCUGGGAGUGACUUUGGGGUCCCUUUACUCUGACCUUCCUCCUGCUUUCAGUUCUGGGAGAUGAUUGGUGAGGAGCAUGGGAUCGACUCAGCUGGGAGUGACCGCGGGGCCUCGGCCUUGCAGCUGGAGAGAAUCAGUGUGUACUACAACGAAGCCUACGGUAGGAAAUAUGUGCCCCGAGCAGUCUUGGUGGACCUAGAACCUGGGAUGAUGGACAGCAUUCGAUCUAGCAAAUUAGGAGCCCUCUUUCAACCCAACAGUUUUGUCCACGGUAACUUUGGGGCUGGCAACAACUGGGCCAAAGGCCAUUACACGGAGGGAGCCGAGCUGAUUGAGAAUGUCCUGGAGGUGGUGAGGCACGAGAGUGAGAGCUGUGACUGCCUGCAGGGCUUCCAGAUCGUCCACUCCCUGGGCGGGGGCACAGGCUCCGGGAUGGGCACUCUGCUCAUGAACAAGAUCAGAGAGGACUACCCGGACCGGAUCAUGAAUUCCUUCAGUGUCAUGCCUUCCCCCAAGGUGUCGGACACAGUGGUGGAGCCCUACAACGCGGUCUUGUCUAUCCACCAGUUGAUUGAGAAUGCAGAUGCCUGUUUCUGCAUUGACAACGAGGCCCUCUAUGACAUCUGCUUCCGUACGCUGAAGCUGACGACACCCACCUACGGGGAUCUCAACCAUCUGGUGUCCUUGACCAUGAGCGGCAUAACUACCUCCCUCCGGUUCCCAGGUCAGCUCAACGCAGACCUGCGCAAGCUGGCAGUGAACAUGGUCCCCUUCCCCCGCCUGCACUUCUUCAUGCCCGGCUUUGCCCCGCUCACGGCCCAGGGCAGCCAGCAGUACCGGGCCCUCUCCGUGGCUGAGCUCACCCAGCAGAUGUUCGACGCCCGCAACACCAUGGCUGCCUGUGACCCCCGCCGUGGCCGCUACCUAACAGUGGCCUGCAUCUUCCGGGGCAAGAUGUCCACCAAGGAAGUGGACCAGCAGCUGCUCUCCGUGCAGACCAGGAACAGCGGCUGUUUUGUGGAGUGGAUUCCCAACAAUGUCAAGGUGGCUGUUUGCGACAUCCCGCCCCAGGGGCUGAGCAUGGCCGCCACCUUCAUUGGCAAUAACACGGCCAUCCAAGAGAUCUUUAAUAGGGUCUCUGAGCAUUUCUCAGCCAUGUUCAAAAGGAAAGCUUUUGUGCACUGGUACACCAGCGAAGGGAUGGACAUAAACGAGUUUGGGGAAGCUGAAAGUAACAUCCAUGAUUUGGUAUCUGAGUACCAACAAUUUCAAGAUGCCAAAGCAGUUCUAGAGGAAAAUGAAGAGGUCACAGAGGAGGCAGAAAUGGAGCCAGAAGAUAAGGGACAUUAACCAUGAGAGAAGCUGAGCCACGGAGCCACUUACAGAACAGUUUCUCAUUAGAUUAGUGUUUCUCCUGCAGCCCUCCAAAACCCAUUCUGCACUGCAGCACAGUGAAUGAUACGCACUCAUCAUUAGCUUCAACACAGGGACUGCGGGAGAUGGGGUGGGGAGCAGCUGACAGGCAUUAGGGUCUUUGCUGACAUUUACUAACUUUGACAUUAAAUGCAUACUUAUUAACUUAAAAAUAUAGCAAAGUGUAAAGUGCUCCCUUUGUUUCAAAGCGUUCACUGGCUAUUUAUGAUAUGACUUGGGCGAGGGAUCCAGACUAUACGUGUGGAUCUGCAGGAGCCAUUGCAGCUGGUGUUAACGUUUUAACCUUGAGCAGCACUGAUAAGCACCCUGGAAUCCUCACUUGGUAUCCGAGGGCUACUAAGUCUCUUCCCUUAGGUUCUCUCCUCUGAGCAAACACUGCCUGGCAUCCUGCCUCCCUGUGCCUGCCAGCCUUCACAAGAGCCAGGUGCCUGACUAGUACAUGGGGAGCUACAGAACCAAGGUCAAUGUGAGUCAACAUCCACUAGAAAUAAUCCAUGUUGUGUGGACCUGUGCACACAACCUGCUAACUGGAAAAGAGGAAAGAAGAAAAGCCACAGUCCUCCCUAGAAAAACACCUGGUCCAAACAUGAAAAACAAAAAGAAAAGCAAACUAAUCUGCAGCCCUCUGAUCUUUAUUUCUUUGAACAUGUAGGUUUAUAUAUUUUAAAUUUCUUAUUAGUGUUAGAUCCCAGGAACUCAUUAAUAAUCAUCCUUGGUUUUCCUUUUAAAGGCUCUUUUGAAGUGCUCUUUUCACUUUCAUUCAGUAAUCACCCCCCAAAAAGCUCCGCAGCCUCUUUGAGAAAGGGCACACCCUCUGAUCAGCAACCAUUCAAAUGCAGGAAUGAAGCAGCAGCAGCUGCAGGCUGCAGUGUCCUUCUCAGUUACGGAGAACAUCGUCUCAUUAAGGAACUUUUACAGUUCAAAUUAAUUUGCAGAAGUUGCCAUAAAUGUUUGCAUGACACAGCUUUAACCACGACAUGAUUUUAAUCUGCUCACAUUACAACAGGACCAAAUACACAAGAGCGCAAUCAAAUCAACCAUAACUUCUUAAUUACAGUUUACCUAUUUCUGACAGGCAGCACUGCUAUCUCUUCCAGCACCACCAGGGUUUUAAUGACCCUCUAGAAUUACCACUGAGAUACACUAUUUGAUCCAUGGAUAACUGGUAAUGGGAAAAUGCUCCGACCCUCACUGCAGUAAAUAUUUACUUGCAGGCAACUGGGUUUUCAUCUCAAUUUGCUUUUGUAAUCAGCAAUAAUAAAAUAGCAUGUGAAUGGAUGACAGUUGCUCAUGCUGAGAAACUUCACUCUUCUCACGUAUGCAUCAGGAGGAAAUAACUAAAGUAUGUAUCAAGAGAAAAAUACCUUGCCAUUGGGAUCAGCAACAAGUCUUCUAUUUACAAACUUCAAAAAACACAAAACCACCAUCAUGUUUUCAACACUUUCUACUUGUGGUUCAAGAAGCACUAGAUUUAGUAAGAAACUGCACCACUGCACCUAUAUACUUAGCUUGUAGUAACUUCCUGAGAUGCUAAAGACCCCACCCCCUGCGAUUAUACAAGGAUUUAAACAUGCUUCCUCUGGUGCUUUACUUUCCAAACCUAAAGACGCAAUGAAAUAGAUGUAAGGAGAGAUGGAUUUAAACCUUUAAAAAAACUUGUGAUUUACAUUACUGUAAAGAUUUGCUUGCUCAAUAGUAAUCAUUAAAGUAUAAAAUAAUGUGGCAAAA